ACGUGCACGCGUCCGAGGCUCGAAGUGAAACCCGUGAGAGAGGAGCUCAGCAGCAGCAUCCGCAGCUUGUUGGAGGUGGGUGUGACAGGCAGGCAGACAGACAGCAUCUCUGUAGCCCAGAAACCCGACAGGAGAGCGCCUUUUGUCUCCGUCUCUAGGUGACCCGUCCUGCACACGCGUUCAAGAUGGCAUCAGCUGAAGAUAUCCAGGUCAAGGAGCUUGACAAGCGGGCAUCUGGCCAGGCAUUUGAAGUCAUCCUGGGUGCUCCAGCCCCUGAUGCCAAAGGAGAGUUCCCCCUGUCUCCUCCCAAAAAGAAGGACCUCUCUCUCGAGGAAAUUCAGAGAAAGCUGGAUGCUGCCGAAGAGAGGCGCAAGAAUCAUGAAGCUGAGGUUCUGAAGCACUUAGCUGAGAAGCGAGAGCAUGAAAAGGAAGUGCUACAGAAAGCUAUGGAGGAGAACAACAACUUCAGCAAGAUGGCUGAGGAGAAGCUCAAUCAGAAGAUGGAGGCCAACAAGGAGAACCGCACAGCAAUUAUGGCAGCCAUGAAUGAGAAGUUCAAGGAGAAGGACAAGAAGUUGGAAGAGGUGAGGAAGAACAAGGAAGUCAAAGAGCCCGGCUCAGAAGGCACCUCGGAAGACUGAGUGGAAACGCCUGGGGAAUUGUAUAGGGUUUUUUACGUAUCCAAAGAUUGAUUUAUUUUUUGUUCUGCCAGUAUUGUUUUUUCACUACCCACCUUUUUGACAUACAAGUUCUACUCUGUGACUCUCUCCAACUCUCCUGCUAUAAGUGUAGUUGAGCUCGUUCUACGUGGGGAUAACCCCUCCCAGUCUGCUGUAAUCAUCAUGUAGCUUGUCAGUGCAGCUUGAGUGCUUUUUUUCCGUUUGGAUAUUAGCAGUGUGGUUUUUAUUCUCUCGGGCAGCAUGUUUCUAUGCAUUGGUCUUUUACCACCACCUAUUUCAUAGUGGGUUUUGAAAAAUGUCUGUGAACCGCACCUGUUCUUGGCACUUACUGUAUAUUUGAAAAGUAGCACAAGUUUCCAUCGAGGUGUUGGCGUUGGACAUGCAGCUUGGCUCCUGGAUUCUGCUGACUUUUUCCCCUGCAGGUUUUGCUUCUUGUGCCACUGUUGAUUCUUGGCUUUUGUAAAAAAGACAAAACAGAAAAUAUAUGGGGUUGACUUAAAGCACAUGACUUCUUGCUGUUGUGAAUUAACAUGUCCAUCAUGCAACUGGAGGUCUUCUCCCACCCCAUCCCACCCCCCUCCAACAUCACUGAGCAGAUGUCUACACAUGGAAUGCAUAUGAGCAAUACACUUCUGGCAUUUCCAUACAAAAAGUGGCUAUUUGACUUAAACUGUUGUACUAAAACAAAUAAAGUGUAAACUU